GGGUCCCGCCCAGGCGAUGUUGUAAAUUCUGAGGAACAAACACGAAAACAAAUCGCAAGGGGGGAAUUUCCAGUCUUCCGGCCUCUUCUUUUACUUUCGAUCUAAUUCUGCAACUGGCAGGACGGGGGACUUGUGUUUGCCUCUGGACUGUUUUUUUUUCCUGCAUCAACGUGACCGUCCCGCUGUCAGCCACUUUGGAAAAAAAAGCCCAGGACUCAUUUGGAAGUGGGGAUCUGGAGUGACACUCCAGACCACAUACCCACCCCCCAUAUCUGACAGGAAGGUCAUCCUUAUUCCGCAUGCCACCCUCUCCAAGUCAGAGACUGUUCUGACUGCACAGUCACAUUUAAUUUGCAGGUGGCGAUGCCUGUGGAGAGAAUGCGUAUGCGCCCAUGGCUAGAAGAGCAAAUAAAUUCAAACAAAAUACCUGGUUUGAAAUGGCUAAACAAGGAAAAGAAGAUUUUUCAGAUUCCAUGGAUGCAUGCUGCUCGACAUGGAUGGGAUGUAGAGAAGGAUGCUCCAUUGUUUAAAAACUGGGCAGUUCACACAGGAAAAUAUCACCAUGGUGUAGAUAAACCUGAUCCCAAGACAUGGAAAGCCAAUUUCCGCUGUGCUAUGAACUCAUUACCUGACAUAGAAGAAGUAAAGGACAAGAGUAUCAAAAAGGGGAGUAAUGCAUACAGGGUGUAUAGAAUGUUACCGGCUACGGAAAAGCCCAAUAAAAAAGGAAAGAAAGCAAAAGUGGAAAAGGAAGAACAAUGCAAAACAGCUAAGUGGAAAGCACCAAAAUUUCCUUUUGAAGAAAAUGAAGUAUUGCUAAACAAUCAUGAUCUCUACACAAAGCCCAAUAUUGUGGUGAAAGAGGAUGUACAAGUUCACAGCACUGUGGACAACUUUGUAGAGCUUGGGUAUUCUCCAAGUCAUGGUAUAAUAGAAGAACCCAUGAUUGUCAGCAAUCCACCAGAUGUCUGCCAAGUGAUAGAAGUGACCACAGAAUGUGAUGACCAACCUGUCAGCACCAGCCAACUAUACCCAUUACAGAUCUCCCCAGUCUCCUCUUAUGCAGAAAGUGAAACGGAUAGUGUUGCAACCGAUGCAGAACAUGAUGAGAUGACUGAGAGCACAAACCAAGACCAGACACAAUGGCAACAGAGCAACAUUGAAGGGAAGGAGUUUCUGAGCAACGUGGGAGUGAACAGUGUAUUUUACCCGACCACAGUGCCUUCUGUGACUCCCAAUAUCAGCAGUAUCCAAUUUCUAACCAACGGAUGUGAGGGAUCACCCGCUUACACCUCUGCCACAUGCACCAGCCCAUCAGUGAAGAUUUCCACAUCACCUGUACCAUCACAGCAAUCUUCUUUAAAACAUCGCAUGGCCGAGAACCGUGCAACUGUAAUCAUGAAGACAUCAGACUUGACCAGAGGCAAGAAUUGCUGAACCCCUUUUUGUUCUGAGUAAUGUCUCCUUGAUCUGAUGAGGCUAUUACUGGGCUAAAGCUGCACUGUAACAUGGAUGGACCUUACAGGCCUUAAACAUAACUAAAAUGUAAAUGUGCUGGAGAACUGGAAAUCAACUUCAACUGCCAUCUCCAGUUCAUCAAUUUUAACUCAGGACUAGAAGUUUAUGAACUAUUUUAUUUCUUUGAGUUUUCCUGUCGCACUUGUUUAUCAAAACAAAAGAAGAAAGCGGCUGGGCUUUGCCUUGGCCACGGACACAUAUCUGAGCACUCAAAACGGGACCAGUAUGGAAAAAAAAACUCAUUGUGCCUAUCAAACCUGACUGCAGCAGGGGAAGAAAUGUGAACUGCUUUGACAGUGUGUAAAUUUUUUAACUUUUUGAAUGUGAAUAUGUAAGUAGCGCAGGAAGAAUGGAAUUUUAUGGCCUGCUUUUUGCACCUUAAAUCUAGUUUAGCACUUAAUGCUGUCACAUUAAUGGCAAAUACAUGCAUUUAGAAUUUAAAGAUUAUUGUGGUUCAGAGUUUACGGCCUAAUCUAAUGCCUGCUUUCAUUGGUCUCCUUUGCUCAAGCACAGAAUUACAAUAAGCAGUGUGCAGAAGAAAUUGCCUAGAUAAAAAGGAUUUAGCCUUUUUCUAAAGCAAGCUUUUUAUUUUUUUUAUCAUAUGUAAAGGGAUUAUUUUAUUCAGGGUAAUUGAAUUCUGAAGUGAACAUAAAUCUUUAUCUUUUUUACCAAAGUAUGUUUGUUGUUUCUGUUCUGGUUUUAUCAGCAUAAAUAUCUGUGGUAAAUUGUUAAUUUUUUUUUACAAAUUUGUAGCAAUUACAAACUAUCCAAUAAAAUGU